AAGGAAAUCUAAUGACAGAUUCUUGUGCGCUGGAAUAAGGCGUUCCAACCAUACGAUAAAAGUGGACAGUUACGAAGUGGUAGAUUUCGGGUUUUAUCCGGUAGGGCCCUUUCUUCUAUUGUUUUCGUAUCUCGUAUGUCUCAUCUUAGUCGAAGUUCUGUUUUUGUUAACUUUAACUAACUCUUUCGACUAAAUGUAGGCAAAUUAUAUCUUUUGUUAGCGAAAUCAGGUAUAGAUGACUUGCUUAAGGAUCUUAAAAAGAGAGAAAAGGAACAAUUUUAAAAAUGAAUCCGAGAUAAAUUUAAAUUUUGAGAGACAAAGAGCUAGAGUGUGUAUAGGCAAUUUGUUUAUGCGAUGGAAUCUAUUGCAUGAUCAAUUUCAGUAUUAGAAACUAUUCAAAAUCUAUUUAGAAGUACGUGAUUAAAUCAAUAAAAGUAAAAGAGAGAGAUGAAGAAGAAGAAUCUAUAACGUCAUAUAAAGACAAUAGAGUGAUGAAAGAAAUAUCCAAUUUCAAAUAAAAUCUUCCAUUAUUAUAAAACGAAAAUAGAUUAUUGUCAUUGUUGUAUAAAAUAAAGUAUCACGAUCAUCGUUGUCGAAAUACUUUCUUCGUAAAACUCGGAUUUAAUUGAAUAGAAUUGUGAUGUUUUGAAGAAGAGUCGUCGCCGAUCUGUGAUCCAAGUAAGUUGCGAUUGUCAUUUUUCACACACGUGUCACAUUAAUCCAAUAGAGUCUAUAUAAUUAUUAGAAGAAUACUUGAAAGAAUUUAUCAACGAAAAUAAUAAUUCUUCUAGUGUGUCUCUAAGUUUUUAUCUUUUACGAGUGACUGAAUUCCAUAUGUCUUCAACCAUUUUUCAAUGAGAAUACUAUUUUUCAAUCAAGUCACAGAUCAAACUUUUUUGAAGAUUUUCCCUCUUAGCAUGAUUUCCUAAUGCAAAUGCAAAAAUCCUAUGAGGUAAAGAUGUUGGCAUCAUCGAUAGAGUACUUUAGGUUAUGAGACAAUGUUAGAUAUUAUUAUUAUGGCAAUAUCCAGUCUAUCUAUUAUUACAAGAUAUACGUGAAUGGAAUCAAUGUUUUUAAAAAUUACGAUGCAUCAUCAUCCUGCAUUCAACAGAAACAUCUCGCCAAGUAUGAAAUAAAAUUUCGAUUUUCUAAACAUACAACCAUUCAUUUAAUAUUAAAUGAUCUAUUUUUAGUAUCACAACGUGGUGAUGAUGUAUUUGAAUUUUUUAAUCUACUUAGACAACAAGUUAAAGAAGGCAAACAAUGUCUACCUGGAUCAACAUUUUAUCAAGGUUCAUGUUAUUUAUAUAUAAGUAAUCUUCGUGUAUCAUCAUGGGAUACAGCUGUUAAAACUUGUGCAGCAUUUAAUUCAAAACUUGUAAUUGGUAAUUCUAAAUUAUUAAUUAUCGAAACAAUUGAUGAAUAUAAAUUUGUUGAACAACUAAUACGAAAAAGUUUGGAACCAUACACUACGAUGUAUGUAUUUAUUAACUUACGAAAAAUAAAUGGAACAUUACCCGCAACUUACGGUUGGGGAUCAAAUGGAAACAAUCUUUUAUGGGAUACACCAGUGUACAGAUAUUGGAAUGAAAAUUCAAAUGGUCCAGCGGAUAGUGAUUGUGGAAUAAUAAGAAUAAUGAGAAAUAAAACAGAUUUAUCUAAUUCAUUAUGUGAUGGACCAGUGAUAUCAUUGCCAUACAUAUGCAAAUAUACUAUCGAUCGUUGUUACAAUAAUAGUGCGUGUGGAAAAUAUGGAACAUGUUUAAAUGUACCACUAUUAGAUUCACACAAAUGUCAAUGUAGAUUUUUAUAUUCAGGAAAUAAAUGUGAAAAAUGGAGUAGUCAAGGUUUACAAGCUCUUAUUGGUAGUGCUAUUAUUUUAAUUGCAUUUAUCGCAUCUUAUAUAAUUAAUAUGGAUCGUUCCAAUUCAAAUUCCUGGUCAUUUCAAUGUACUGACUUAGAACAAUAUCAAACUACACCAUUGUAUACUCAUCAAAUAUCAAAAUCAAUAAAACAUCAAUCAUAUCUUUUAAAUUCGACUGUUGAUCAUGAAAUCUAUAAUCCAAUAUUAAAUCAACAAUCGGCUGAUAUAACUGUAAAGAUAACAACUGAUGAAUUAUCUCCUUCAGUACCACUAAGAAAUCAUUCUUUUGAACGGAAACAACGUUAUUAUUCAUUUCGUCGUUCCAUUCAAGAACUAGAAAUUAAAUCUUGUUUUAAAAAUUUAUUUAUUAAACCAAAAAAAUUAAUAUUUAUUUGUUUACCAUUAGUAUUGACAGCAAUGUGUUGUAUAUUCAUUAUUCUUGUACGUCGUUAUAUUAAAUCACAUGUUUAUAAUUCACUGUAUUCAUCUCAUUCAACAUUAUUUAAAUUUUGUUCAUCAUAUGAAAAUAAUUAUUACAUUAAUCUUGUUACAUUACCCAUUUCAUUUGUUCUCAUUAUUUUAAUUACAUUUCAAAAAGGUUUAUUUCAUUCACAAGUACCCAUACCCUAUAAUCCAUUCAGUAAAAUUAAUCGUUUUGAUACUGUUGUAUUAUGUGGAAUUAUGUCACAUGAAAUACUUCAUAUUAUAGAAGAAUUAUUUUUAAAUACAACUCACAUAAAAUUUUUAGCAAUGAGUGGACCAUUAUUUGAUUUAAUUCGACAAAUUGGUCUCGUUAUUAUUAUCGGUAUGAGAUAUUAUCCAAUUUAUUCAAUUCUUGAAAUGAAUCAAUCAAAUAUACUUUAUUAUGCUUUAUGUUCUAUCUAUAUGUGGAUUGAUUUUAUAGCAAAAAUAUCUGAACAAGCAUUAUGUACAAAUUUGGGAUCUGUACUUGAAAAAUGGAAUACAUUUCAACAAUCAACACAUAAUUUAACACAAAAAUAUCAAUGGAAUAAUAUUAAACAAAAAGAACCAGAAAAAUUUCUUCAAAAUUCAUUUCUAGAAGAUGAUUUUUAUAUUAAACAUCAUACAACAACACCUAAAUUUCCAUUUUUACCUGAUUCUUCAUCAUCAUCAUCCAACGAGUAUAACUGGUCUCAAAUAUUACAUAAUCUCUCGUUCCCUAUGAAUCGUAAUGAGUCAACAUCAACAUUUGAUCAAUUUGGUUUAGAUUCAAUUGUUAUUGGUACUCUAAAAUAUUUUCCAUACUAUUUAUGUUUAACAUAUAUUUGUUUUCGUUUAACUUAUUUAUUUUUUCGUGAAUUAUUAAAAUGUAUACAAAAAUGUUUUCCAUCAAUAUUAUCAACAAGUAAAAAAUCAAAAAAACAUAUUUAUCAUGAACCAAAUGGACAAUUAUCUCAAUCUCAUCAUUUAUCAAUUGAAUAUCAAUAUGUUCAACAUUUAUUUUGUAAAACUCGUAGAAAAUUACAAAAAAUUAAAAAAGUAUCAUUUAUUAAAAAUAUUCUCUAUAAAAUUUAUCGUCCAAAUAAAUAUUUUCGUUAUUCAAAACAAAUAUUAAAUAUGUAUAUUAUUGCUUUUAUGAUUACAUAUUAUUUAACAUUUAAUAUUUUACAAGGUGGAUUUUAUCUAAUUGAAAAAUGUUAUCGACUAUUAAUUAUACCAAUUAUUCUUACAUUUGAUGAACUUGAUUUACCAAAAUCACGACCAUUUAAUUUAAAAUAUGAAAUUCUUCUCGCUUGUUUUCUAACAAUGAUGAUUUAUUAUGUACAAUUAUUUAUUGGAAUGAAACAUUAUCAACAAAAUAUGUUGAAUGCAUAUAAAGGAAUAUUCAUUGAUAUUCCUUCUCGACAUGUUUUUAAUAAUAUUCAAUUAAUAUCUAAAAAUGCUCAUUAUCCAGGCUAUACAAUAGCUUAUUUAGCAUUUGGCUAUUUGAUAAUGGGCAAUAUUCUCUUUUUAACUGUUAUUAUUCUAAGAAUAUUAUUUAAACAUUUAUUUCUUAUUGAAGAAAUUAGUAAAAUUAUUAUACCCAUAUUAGUCAUUUAUUUAUGUAAAUAUAUUCUCAUGUGGAUUCUUAGUAGAACAUUAUUUUUACAGCAUAAUGGUAAAAUGAUUGCAUUAAAAAAUUUACGUUAUUAUUAUGUAUUUGCUUAUUUUAAUUUCUUUUUCGAUUGUUUCUUGGGUAUGGUAUCGUGUGCUCUACGUGUUACAAAAGCAUCAAUAGCCGCUCUAAUAUAUUUACCUCGUCUUGAUUAUUGUAUAUUUGGUCGAAGUUUAGAAAAAUUAGAUCAAGGUUUUAUUUCAUAUGCAUCGUUUAUUCACAUGGAAUGUCUACAUUCUCAUCCUGUUCUUAUUAUCUUUUGUUCCUAUAUUCGAGAACGUUUAGAAGAACGACAAUUUCUACUUAAUUAUUAUAAAAAAGAAGCAAAUAGUCGUGAAGAAUUGAAUAUAUAUACGAGACAACGUUUUAUACGAUUUCGUUGGCUUCUCUUGUAUACAUUGGUGAAAAAUGAGUAUUUAAAACAAUUUCGAAAACAUCAAGUAAACAAUUGGAAUAUGACAUCGGCUGAAAGUUUUAAUGAAUUUCUAAUUCGAACAGUAUUUAAACGAUUUCAACAUACAACAUCAAAAUCGUUAGGAGAUUUAACGACUAAAAAUCAAAUGACAACGUUGAAUGAAGAUAACAAUGGUGGUAUGUGUACCACGUUGCUGUUAGACAAUAAUGAUGAUCAACAAACGUCAAAACGACCAAUAUACAAGACAUUGUGA